AUGAUAUCCAGUUUGGUUCCUCAACCAGUAUAUGCAGCAUUGAAGAGUGGUACUUUUAUGGAUAAUAUUAAUGCUUUUGAUUCUGAACAUAUCAGACCAUUUUUGCCAUCAUUUUUGCUUUAUUCAUUUUCACAGCCGUAUAACAAUUCCGAUGCAUCAUUAGAUGAACUUCGACGUCGUUUAUUGGACUUUCCCCAGUGCAAUACAUUGCUUGAUAUUGUGAAUGCCGAUGUAUCAGCACUGAAACAAGAUUUAAUCAAAGCAACAAGAGAAGAUUUGGAAAGUAUCUGUAAAUUAGAGUUUGAAACGGCAUCACCACAGAUGAAACUUGAAAUUGUUGCGUUUGCACUCAGUCGAAUGAUGAAAAACAAAAGUGGUGUUAUGAAUUUUGAUCUCUUUGAUCGGGAAUCACUAUUAGAAGAAGUUAUAUGUGCCAUGACUGUAUGCACUUACUAUAUGCCAGAUCGUUUUAAUCCUACUUCAAUAAUCCCAUGUUUAUUACCGCUACCUAAUUCUGUGACUAUCAUAACUUUGUUACUGUGUAAUGUACCUGAUUCGUUAGAACCAACGAUAGAAUAUUUGUUGAGAGCAUCAUUGCCAGAUGACGAUGGUUUGGGUAAAAGCCGAAACAAUUUACUCUUAAAAUUACUGUCCAUGGAUCCCUUCUUAGUUGAGCCAAGUAUCAACGAAUUAUUGGAUAAAAACAAAGCAAGUGAUAAUAGUUUGGCAUUGACGAUAAUGUGUGUUUGUUUGAAUAGUACUCAGCUGAUAAAUAAUUUGCUUUGCGCGUUACUAAAUAAACGUUCUUUGGCUGUUUUCAUCCAGCGAUCUUCUAACAAACCGGCUGUGAAACUUCUGCACGAUCGUAUUUCUGAGGCAGUCAGUGCGUAUUUAUCAAGUGAAACAUGUGAUGGCAUGGAAGCUGCUCUGGCUCAGUUAUUAGCAGUUCUUCGAAUCAAUGCUGGAAUUCGUUUGAGUUAUGAUGAGACAAAAUCCUGGUUGUUAUUCCUUACUCGCACAGAAUUAGAUGAUGAUCAAUAUGUAAUGACUGCAUUGUCAGUCAUCAUUGCUUGCCCUCAGUUAAUCCCGAUGCAUCUCGGUGAUGAAAAAGAAGUUGAAGCUGCAAUUAUAGCAUUUUUGGAUUGGCUUAAACAGCGUGCAUCAUCUAAUGCUUCUCCAGAAUUACAGCAGUUCUUUAUUUUACUCUCAAUCCAUUUGCUUGCGGGGCAAAGCGAACAACUUGCUACUCUUGUUUCCAGUGUUCUCUCUUUGAAAGUUACUGUCAAUGUUCGAAAUCUCACGACAUUGAAGAAUCUGUUUUUACGUCACGCAUUGACUGAAAGGGAUAUAGUUGAACGAGCUUCACAAAUGCAGGUCACUCGUUCUCUCAAUUCUCACCAUCAAGGUUUUCUACCCGCUCACUGUAUUACUCAACUUCUCUCAACUAAUUCGUUCUCGAAACAUUCGGUUCCUAUUCAGAAUUGGAUUUGUGAACAAAUCCUGAACUGCACAACACCAUUACAUCCUGUGAUAACGGAUUUGUUGAAUUCAUUUGCUACCAGCUGUUUUACUGCUACUGAAUUGAGUUUACCGAAUCAACCGCUUUCUGAAGAAUUCAUUUUGGACUUGUUUAGUGGUGAAAUUAUGGAUAAAAAUAAAAUGGUUGCACGUUUGCUCACAUUCUAUUUCCUUCUUUGUUAUCGGAGAAGCUUCGAGAAACAGACAACGAAAAAUGUCGUGUACUAUUAUAGUAGUAAAGUUGAAGCGGUCUUACCUGUGAGACUCUUGUUAUCUGUUGUUGAUGCUCGGCCGGAACAGUUUCGCACUCUUCGUUCACCACUAGUUCUUUUGUGCGGUCAGUAUUAUCCUUAUAUGUUUCCAGCUGUUGGUUCAUCACUAUUAAGCAUGGAUUAUGAACUGAAUAAUCGAGAUUGCAAAAGCAAUGCAUACAAGGACAGUUCGUUGUCAGUGGAUCUUCUUUUCAAAGUUUUCAACGAAAUCAACGAAAAUCCCGGUCAUUCGUUGCGUUACAUGCGUUUACUUUUUAAAAGUCCACUUCGUAUACAAUUGCAAGCAAAAAAUGCUAUUAUACAUGCAAUGGCUGUUGCCUUAAAUUCCCCAACUCCUAUACGCUUUGCGAAAGGAGCUGUAGCAAUUUGGAAACGAUUAGAAAACAUUAUUCCGAGAUCGCUUUGCGAGUCCACUGUUAUGGCAUGGUGUACCGAUAAACUAAAUCAUGACAUGCUGGUUGAGCAGCCAUUGUUUUUGUUUCGAUGUGAUGAACGAUUAUUUGAAAAUGAGAUUUUAUUUCCAUGUUAUUUACGGAUUUUGUCAUUUUAUUUGUCCGCUAGUCGAGCUUGUUUAUUACAGAAAUUGCAUAAUAAUCCGGGAGAAAAAGAAGAACAGCGAGCAGAACGCGAAGAGUUAACGCGCUCAUUAAUUGGUGCUCAGGAUUCCGCAACUGUGCAGAUUUUGCUGGAGAUAUGUGAACGCUACAAUAACUCCAAUGUUCAUCGCCUUUGCUGCGCAUUUAUACAUCAAAUGUUCAUUGCUGAUCCAGUCCUGUCCAAACUGGUUCACUUUCAGGGUUACUCUCUUAAUUUGAUUCCACUUGCCGUGCGAGAAAUACCAUCAAUGCACAUAUGUCUGGAAUUCGUUCAUGAAAUUCUAGCAUUAUCUGAUAUGUCGAAGCGUGUAUUUGCUAUUGUUCUCAUUGCAGAACUAGCACUACAAUACAAAAUAGAAUCCUCAUUCAUUCGAGUGGAAUUGGUGCUAGAUGUGUUGACUACUUUAUCGCGUGCUGUGAGUGCUACUGAAAAUUUGGUGCUUUUGUCGAAAACUGCACCAUCUUUAGGUCGAAUGAUGUCGAUUUUUCCUCAGAUAUCAGCAGAUAUAGCAAAUCUUCUGAUACGUACUUCUGCUGUUGCAGUUUCACGAAUGGCUCUUUCAGCAACUGUGCUGAAGACUGAAUCAUGUUUGGAAAGGCGUCUGAUCACAUUAAUUGGCAAUAUUCUUGCUCAGGAAGCAUCUGAAGUAGCCUUUCUUUCAGCGAAGUCAUAG